GCAAAUGUUAGACACCGGUCAUUUCCGCGACAAAUGAAAUGCUAUACACCAGUAUUUGCAAAACAGGAACGAUUAUCCCUUUGCUUAUAAAGAGAACUGGUAUAACCUUAUCAACAAAAUGAAUAAAAUAUGAAUUGUUUUUGACAGAUUUCAACUUAUGAUGAAGCAGGCAAAAAAUGGAUACAAUUGGGGAUCUUCCUAAAGUGGAAAAUGGUGCCAGCAAACUCACUCUUGAGUAUGGAGGUGAGCCUGUGUCUUGGUUCCAGAAAAAGAUUAGAGGGAAUAUGAUGGCACUGAAUGAUCACAUAUCCAAGGAGAUGAAUGAGCUGAACCUCAUAAAGUGCCAACACAUUCCAAAACGACCAGGUUGUGACUGGCAUGACCUGCCUGAUGAGAAGGUGAAACUGUCAAAUGGGCAGAUGGCAGACCUGAUACCUUGGUGCCUGCCGAACACUGCCAAGAGACACAAUCAGUGGAAGGGUCUGUACGGGAGGCUGGACUGGGAGGGCAGCUUCCCCACAUCUGUCACAGAUCCGCAGCCAAUGGGCAAGGUCGGCAUGUGCUUCCACCCUGAACAGGACAGGAUCAUCACAGUCCGUGAAUGCGCCCGGUCUCAGGGCUUCCCUGACAGGUAUGAAUUUGCAGGCAACAUUCAGAGCAAGCACAGGCAGAAUGGCAAUGCUGUACCCCCGCCUCUUGCCUACGCGCUUGGCAGGAAGCUGAAGGAAGCCGUUGACGCCAAGUGUCAGGUGGCUGGUGUGACUGCGGCUGCACCAUGAGAAGUACUCUGGUGACCUGUGAAGCUAAGCGCUGAGGUUGUCCUACCUUAUGAGAAGCAUUCCUCCGCUGACCCAUGGAGCUAAGCGCUGAGGUCGUCCUAACUUAGAAAUAGCAAAGAACAGAGUAAUAUGUACUGUGUAACUAUGCGAAUUGGUUGCGGUUUUAUCCUAGUCGUGUGAACCCCCCCAGAGUGUAUAUGCUAGAUAAGUGUUGAUUGCUACCCUGAUUCAGGGUAGAGGUAUUUAAUAGUACCUCAAAUUCAUUGUCUUUUCAGUUGCCACACUCAUAUGAGCACUGUGGUCUUUUUCUUUCUGAUCUUAGAGCUAGGUUUUUUGAGUACAUGUCCAUCUGUUUCUCAUUCCUU